AUGUUUUCAGCAAAUAAACGAAAACAAUUUACAUCAUCAAACUCCAAUGAUACGAUCCCCCAAAUACCACGUCGAAAUAAAGACACCAAGGCUCCAAAAACUUCUGAUUCCUCUGAAGUAGCGGCUGAUGCUGCAACAAUAACGAGAACUACUACCACUACUACGGUUACUACCGUCACUACCACCAUUUCGGCUAAAAAUCCUGAUGGAAGUGGUCCUCUUUAUCUUGAUCUUGGUGAUUUUAGUUUUUCACCUCUUGAACCUGAUGAAAACGGUGGCCUGCUCACUAGCAGUUCGAUUUCUUCUACCGAUGAUGCAAAGAAAACUGCACAUGACAGUUCUGCUUCUUCUUCUCCAAUUACUAGUAAUAGUAGCAUUUAUGAUACUCCAACUAUUAAACUCACUUCAAAAAAUCUUUCUGACCUUGAUGAUACUCCAUAUGUUUUGGCUUUUUCUUUGUUAAUGCUUCAUACUGACGCUUUUAAUAAAAAUGUAAAACGAAAAAUGACAAAAGAGGAUUUUAUAAAAAAUACUCGUAUUGAUGGUGUGAAUCCUGAAAUACUAGAGAUUCUUUACGAUAAUAUUAUAUAUACUCCAUUUAUAUAUGCUGAAGAUGAUGUUGAUGUUAAUGGACAGACAAUGCUUGAAUCUCCGACAUCUGAUCACCGUCAACUAAAAAUCUUCUCGUCUUCAAAAGAUAAAAGAAAAUCAAUGCGUCCUAGGAAUGAUCCUUAUCAUGUGAUACAGACCAAACAACCAACUGAAUUUAAACCAUACCUUAAAGAUAUAAUUCCUGUAGAAAAUCCUUAUUCCUACAUUGGUACACUCCCUUCUUUAGACAUAGUAAACCUUCAUCGUGCUUUUUCAUCCGCUCAAACUAUUCGUAUCACCGGUGUCCAAAAUCGACGUAAUGGUGAUCAAUUUAGUUCAACAACUAGUUCAUUUCAACCUUCAAAGGAUGGAACCUUCCUUUUAAAGAUAACAAAAGGUGGUAAACUUGGAAGAAAAGUGGAUUUAAUUGAUGGUAAAAAGAAAG